AUGGCGCCUGCUGAAGCUUCCUUCAGCAUUAAAGACAAGUUGCAGCUAAUUGAUACUCCGUAUAAUAUAAUUGCAAGAUAAAACCUUCUCUUGAGUUUUUCAAAAUUUGCAAAUUAAUCUUGUUCUAAAGGGAAGAAAAGGAAAGAGAUACAUUGAGGAAGUCAACAAAAAUCAUCAUGUCAGAAAGCUUAAAUUCUUUAACUGCUGGUAUUGGCAUGGGAGGAAGAACCACAUACUCAGACAAAGAUCUGAAGAUAACUGAAGAUAUUCUGAAAUCAGAAGAUGAACUCCUUGCUCUAUAUUGGAAAUGGAUCUCUAUUUACAGACGAAAAGAUUACGAUUUUGGGAACAAAAAAUUCAUAGAUUUGGAGUUUGAGAAGAUGUUCACAGAGAGGUUUGAGAAGUUUAAAGACACAGUCCGGAUGAUCCAUACAGUUAACAACACAAAGGGUGCUGGCUGGACUGCCGGAUUCAACCAUAUGGCAGAUUUUACCGACAAUGAGAAAAGAUUUUACUGACAAUGAGAAAUUUUGAAGGGGGUGUACCGUGUAGGCGCUGAUGCGGUAGGAGGAUCUAAAAAAUCACAAGUAUUGUGGAGUUUCCGACUAUUGUUCGGCAUUUCCUGCAAGAACCUAUGACUUCUGCAGUACCUUGGUUAGAUCCGUUGCAUUUUAAUUCAUUUGUGUUAUGCAUCUUUUAAUUUUGGGUCUAGAAUUUUAUUGUUUUUCCGAUGUAUUGGUAUGAUCCUUGUGUCAGCUUCCAUUUAAGAAACUCUUUGUAAUUUUGAAAUUAUUUUAUCAAAAUAAAACGCACACAA